AUGGAUCUCCCCGCAAAUACCGAAGCGCGACCGCCGGCACACGACGGCACCUGUGAUGCGCCACCCGCCAAGGAAUCAACCACGGGAAGCUCAGCACCCCGGGAUGUCAACGAGCUGCCACCCGCCGCUCUGGAGCUCGCGGCAAAGCUCUUCGACCUCGCUCGCGCUGGCGACACGUCCACGCUCCAAGCUUACCUCGACGCCGGCAUUCCGCCAAACUUAACAAAUCACCAAGGAGACACACUGCUGAUGCUUGCGGCCUACCAUGGCCGGUCAGAAGUGGUACGUGUGUUGCUAAGCAAGGGCGCCGAUCCAAACGUUAUCAAUGGCCGCGGCCAGAGCCCGCUGGCUGGCGCAGUGUUCAAGGGCCACGGAGAGGUGGUCAAAGUGCUGGUCGAGGGUGGUGGGGACGCCGAGGCGGGAACGCCGAAUGCGAAGGACACUGCAGUCAUGUUCAAAAGGGAGGAGCUGUUUGAGGUUUUGGGUGUGGAGCCGGGCAGGGAAGUGCCUGGGAUGAUGUUGGGAAGAGAGGAACGAGCCAGAUGGAUUAACGUUCGUCAAAUAAUUUAUGAAUUGGAAGUGGUGGGCAAUUGCGUGAAAUGCAGUGGUGUUGGCAAAACGCGGCUCAGCCCUACCGGCAGUUUCCACUUCGGCGCGGUGGUCUGCACUUUCCGCCCGGCGCGCGUCACCCAAAGCUCGCCAGCUACCUCGCCGACAACGUCGCCGCCGCCUCACCUCCUCACCCACAACACUCCCUCCACGCGUCUCCAGCUGCCCGCCAUGGCGUCGCCUCCAUCCGGGUACAACUUAACGAAGAAGCGUCCCUCGAUCAGCGGCCCGUUGCCUCCCAACCCAAGCAAGCGUCGCAAGCCUUCGACAGGCCCUUCCGGUCUGCGCCAGACGUCCUUCCCGCCCGAGGAGUCCGGGCGCGCCGAGUUUUCGCGCUCCCCCAGUGUUGAUAGCACGUACACUACAAACACCAACACCACGAGGAAGAAGGGCAAGAAGGGCAAGGGCGGAGAUGACGACGUGAGAAGCACUACGGGAACAAGUGUUCGAGGAGGCAAGGCAGGAGCCGGCGAUGGUGCAGACAAGGCGGACGAGGAAGAAGAGGCAGACCAGGAGGAAGGUGGAGAAGCGCUUGAUGCUGUACUGGAAGGCCAAGGCGAGGCAGACGAGAAGCAAGAGAAGGAGCACUUGAGGAUGCUUGUCGAUCGUCUCGAUCCCGAUCAAUCAGACAGAUAUGCAAAAUAUCGCGCCGUCAAGUUGAAGAAGGAGACUGUCCGCAAGAUCACCAACCAGACGCUCUCUCAAUCCGUGCCUCAAUCCGUCGUUACGACCAUCAACUCUUACACCAAGGUCUUCAUUGGGUCGUUAAUCGAACGCGCCCGCACCGUACAGCAAGAAUGGCAAGCCGUGGCCGAGUAUGCGCCCAUAGACGACCCUCGUCUGCCUGCGAACCAACCACCGCCGCCACAACAGACCCCUCCAACACCUCAGCAGCAGCAGCAGCCGCCGCAAGCUCCGCCUCCGCCCUCUCCCGCUGCAGCUCAGACGCCCGGCGCCUAUCACAACCCUUACGGUUACCAGCAUCUUCACCCUUCCUACAACCCCAACCCAUACUCCAACAUCCGCAUCCCUCCUCCUCCUAGUGCGAGCACUUCUCCUGCGCCCCCCAAUUCCACGCAUGCCCCAUCCUCCCCGGCUGUUGCCUCGAGCGGUACCCCCAGCCCGGCGCCCGGCGCGACCACCGCCCCCACCAGCACAAACGGGACGGGCAACCCCAACUCUGCGCAGACACCUACGCCAAACGCGUCACAAGACACCACUCUUCCAGCAUCCAGCGGCGGCACCAACGCCACCGACACCAUGGACGUCGACGACAGUGAUACCAAGGCCGGAAAGCUCAUUCCCGCCGACGCGCCGUUGAGUGAGCGCCUGGCUGAACGCGAUCGCGGUCCGCUGACGCCGGACCACCUGCGAGAGGCGCUGCGACGAUACAAGAAGGAUCGCGAGGGUGGUGCUAUGGGUUUCUUGGGGCUGAGUCUGGAAGGCAGGGAGAGGACGGCUGGCAGGAUGGGUGGAAGGCGGUUGUUCAAGUGA